AUGUCAAAUAAGAGGACUUUAAGAUCAAGGAACCUGAAACUGCAAGAUCUUAGUAAUUUAUUUAACUUUGAUUAUAUUAAUCCCUAUGUUCAAAAAUCCAAAGCUAUCAAAGUUUCAUCGAAGACUUCAUCAGUGAAUCUUUAUCAUUAUAGUGAAGAUUCAAAAUUACCACCAAAAUCAAGCACUCAAAAACCUAUGAAUGUCAAGUUGGUUGAUGACAUUGAACUGCCCAGGAAGUCAAAACUAAGAGAUGAUCCUUUAGAAGACUCAAUCUAUGAGACUUUCCAUAAACAAAUGUGGAGACAAGAAUCAAGAAUGGUAAACAGUGAUCGUUUAAGAUUAAUGUCAGAUUUUGAUACUUUGAAUAACCAGAAGAAGCAAUUGGAUCAGUACAGUUGGGAUAAGUUUUUACCUUCUAUCACCAAGAUUAAUAAUGUCAACGAUCAUGAAGAAUUGGAGAGAAAACGUCUUUUAACAUUGAAUGAGAUUGAUAGAAGAAUGUCCCAAUAUCAGAAUUGGAAGAAGAGACUUGAAAACUUUAAAAAUCAAAAAAAGUUACUGGAAAAUUCGUACAAACUUGAUGAAUACAGUACACCAAUUGAUGUUCUAAGACAAAGUCGAUUAUCUGAAAGAGAAUUACCAAUUCGUCCUAUUAAGUUGAUUUUGAAUAAUGGGUACUCUCUUUACAUCGAUGCUAAUUCAACUCCGAAAAUUGUUAAAGAUUCUAAUCUGCUUACAUCAGAUGAGGUAGUUACAAAGAGUCUUCAUAGUAAUGAUUCCAGACGACUGAAAGUCACAACGAAAGCAACUCGUAAUCUUAGGUUAAAUACAAGAUCGGUGAUUAAGAAAAGACUUAUCAAAAGAUCAUUACCUUCAAAGAAGUCUAAGCGAAUAACAAGGUCUGUUCAACCUAAAAUUCUGGAUAUCCUUCCUGUAAAUAAAUCAUCCUGGCGAUGA